GAUCUCGGUCCGUCAGCUUUCUGCUCCAGAGCCACUGGGCCCGGGCCGGGCCUCUCCGCUACGCUUGAUAGAGUUCAGCUAGUCUUGGAGUAAAUAAUCCUCCAGAAUUAAGAUUUGUCAUUGGAAUGAACGUUUUGCAUUACUCAAGAAAUACAACGUAUACAUAGACGAUACUCAUCUUGGCUCUGGAAAGAAACUCAAGAAGAAGAUUUUGAAAUGUAAAGAUUAGAUGGGGCUUGACCUCUGCUGGGCAGCCCCCAGCUACAGUAAUUCCCCUGCUGAGCAGAGAAGAUGACUGCCGAAUUGAGAGAGGCAAUGGCCCUAGCUCCUUGGGGCUCAGUGAAGGUGAAAAAGGAGGAGGAAGAGGAGGAAAAUUUCCUAGGUCAAGCACCCAGCCAACAAGUGUACUCUGAGAACAUCAAAGUCUGGGCACCGGGAGAGGGUCCUCAGACAGGCCUUGAUGUAUCAGAAGAGGAGAAAAAGGGUCAGAACAUGUUCUGGGACAUGGCAGUAGUCCUGAAAGCAACUCAGGAGGCGCCUGCUGCUUCAUUCCUUGGCAGCUACUCAUUACCAGGGACUCUGGCCAAGAGUGAGAUACUGGAGACUCAUGGGAAUUUGAGCUCUCUAGGUGCUGAAACCAAGAACGUACAGUUACUGGUUCCAAAAACUGAGAUAAGUGACGAAGCCGAGAAACCUCUCAUAAUAUCGGGAAGAAUCCAGAAGGCUGACCCUCAAGGAAGACCUGAGUUAGAAGCCUGUGAAAAAGGAAACCUGUUAAAGAGGCAGACAAUAAAGAGGGAAAAGAAAAAUUUCAGACAAGUGACAGUACAGAACUGUCACUUACCUGAAAGAUUCAAAGAGGAGGAAGACCAGAAGCGUAAGAAACCAGGGGGAAAAUAUAGCCUUAGUUCUGGCCCUGUUAAAAAUCAGAAAAUCCAGCCUGGGCAAAAACCUUUUACAUGUAGUGUGUGUGGGAAAGGCUUUAGUCAGAGUGCAAACCUCGUUGUGCAUCAGCGAAUCCACACUGGGGAGAAACCCUUUGAGUGUCACGAGUGUGGGAAAGCCUUCAUUCAGAGUGCAAACCUUGUUGUGCAUCAGAGAAUCCACACUGGACAGAAACCUUAUGUUUGCUCAAAAUGUGGAAAAGCGUUCACUCAGAGUUCGAAUCUGACUGUACAUCAAAAAAUCCACUCCUUAGAAAAAACUUUCAAGUGCAGUGAAUGUGAAAAAGCCUUCAGUUAUAGCUCACAACUUGCUCGACACCAGAAAGUCCACAUUACAGAAAAAUGCUAUGAAUGUAAUGAAUGUGGGAAAACAUUUACCCGGAGCUCAAACCUCAUUGUCCACCAGAGAAUCCACACUGGGGAGAAGCCUUUUGCCUGUAAUGAUUGUGGCAAAGCCUUCACCCAGAGUGCCAAUCUUAUUGUACAUCAGCGAAGCCAUACUGGUGAGAAGCCAUAUGAGUGUAAAGAGUGUGGGAAAGCCUUUAGUUGUUUUUCACACCUUAUUGUACACCAGAGAAUUCACACUGCAGAGAAACCUUACGAUUGCAGUGAAUGUGGGAAAGCCUUCAGUCAGCUCUCUUGCCUUAUUGUCCACCAGAGAAUUCACAGUGGAGAUCUUCCUUAUGUGUGUAAUGAGUGUGGAAAGGCCUUCACAUGUAGCUCGUACCUACUGAUUCAUCAGAGAAUCCAUAAUGGGGAAAAACCUUACACGUGUAACGACUGUGGCAAGUCCUUCAGGCAGAGGUCGAGCCUCACUGUGCACCAGAGAACCCACACUGGAGAGAAGCCCUACGAAUGUGCGAAGUGUGGUGCGGCUUUCAUUUCUAACUCUCACCUCAUGCGGCACCACAGAACCCAUCUUGUAGAAUAACAGCUUAAGGAAGAAGAUCUCCAGCUGUUGGCCAUAACCUACUGCCCCCAAAUUAGACACUUCUUUGCUGUUUUCUUCCUCCUUUGUAAAAAUGAGGCCUACGUCCUUAAAAGUUACAGUUUUCAGGAAUGCAGCACAAAACACAAGACAAGGAUUUUAGAGGCUAAUCUAAAGAAAAUGAGAACUAAGCACCUAAAGGCAAGGAAGGACUUUUAACUGUGUCCUAAGCAGUCAUGUUGUCUGAAAUGGAAUGUAGCUUUCUUAGGAAUGAGUUAUACAAAGCUAAGUGAUAAAGAUCCUAUUUGGGGAAAGGUCCUUUUUGCUUAAUCUUGUUUUUUAAAACUGGUAAUUUUUUGAGCAUCAAGAAUGUCAGCCUGGUUGAAUUCUGGAGUUUUGAAACUUGUAUUCUAGUAUGUUGGGUUAAGCAGUGACUAGUUAAGGAAACUACUUGGGAUGGCAAUUCAACAACUCACCUAUGAACAUUUAUAAGCUUUCUGUUCCCUAGGUAAUUUAAAAAAAAAAAAAAAACAACCAAAAAAGUUAUUAAUCAUCUACUCCUAAAAAUGGACAGAAGCAGGAAAUGGUCUUUUCCCUUACUGUCUAUACCUCCUGAACCUUGGUAUUAUAAAGCUCUGGGACUUCUGAGUCUAUUCUAACCAUUCCCUGGUCCACAUGGCCAACCACUCAAGGAUUGAUGUAGACACCACACAGCAGCUAUGUUCAUUUGCUAUAAUAAAAAACUCUCCAAACAACUCAGCUCUCCAAUUCCCACUGCAUUCCAGUUGGGUGAGAUGAAACAGCCCCCUUCCCAGAUAGAGGAGUCAAAGAAUAAAGCUUGCCUAGAGGCAUGCCCAACUUGUUUCUGCUCUCAUUCUGCUCAAGUCCAGCCAGGGUCUCAGUGUGGGUUUCAUGCUUACAUUCUGGAUGGUAUUUAGAAGAAAUGGUGGAGCUCUCAUUCUGAGAGGACCAAAGAGUGAAGUGAAGGAAGAGGGAGGAGGUGGAGUGGGAUUCCUAAGGUCUUAAUUCGGUUUUUUUUUUUUGAGAAGUUCAGAGGUAUUGGAAUCUGAAAACUUUUAGAAGGAUGAAGAAACUGGCUGAGGUAAGAUAUUUUUAUUACCAUUGAGCCUUUACUCCUGGAAAAAUGAUUUUAAAAACUAUG